AUGGCAGUGUACAGCUGGGGGCGCGGCGAAGACGGCCAGCUCGGGCUCGGCGAUACCAGCGACCAGUACCGGCCCGUGCUGGUCGAAGCGCUCCGCGACAAGUGCGUCGUCCAGAUCGCGUGCGGCAGCGGCCAUACCGUCGUGCUCGAUGAAAAUGGCGAUGUGUAUACGUGGGGCCGCGGCGACGAUGGGCGGCUGGGCCAUGGCGACAACGGAUGGAAGUUUGUGCCACGGUUGGUCGAAGCGCUGCACGGAAAGCGCAUCAAGCAAGUCACAUGCGGCAGCUACCACACAGCCGCCGUGACCGUCACAGGUGAGCUCUAUACAUGGGGCGGCGGCAUGUACGGCAAGCUCGGCCACGGCAACGAGAGCGGGCACUCGGUGCCGUACCUCGUCGAUACGCUCUCGAACCACAAGGUCGACCAGGUCGCUUGCGGGUCGCGCCACACCGUCGUGCUCCUUGAAAACCGCGACGUGUACACAUGGGGCGACAAGGAGAACGGCGUGAGCGGCCACGGCGACACGGACGGCCAUCAAUACCUGCCCUGCGCGGUCGACGAGCUCAAGGACAAGUCCAUCAUGCAGAUUGCCGCCUGCGGGUUUCACACAGCAGCGCUCAGCGACGAAGGCGAGCUGUACACGUUUGGCGAAGGCAAGUUUGGUCGGCUCGGGCACAAUAGCGAGCGCAACCAGCUCGUCGCGCGCGUCGUCGAGACGCUGCAUGGCAAGCGCAUCAAGCAGGUCGCUUGCGGCGGCUUUCACACGGCCGCGGUCACCGACACGGGCGAGAUCUAUACGUGGGGUGGCGGUGAGCACGGGCAACUCGGUCACGGCGACAAGGUCAACAAGACGAUUCCGUCGCUCGUCAAGCACCUCGCCGACAAGGUUGUCGUGCAAAUCACGUGUGGCUGGAGCCAUACGGUCGCGUUGACGGAGAACGGCGAGGUCUAUACGUGGGGCAAUGGCGACCACGGCAAACUCGGCCACAACGACCAAGUCAAAGUGACCUUGCCCAAGCUCGUCGAUACGCUCCAGUCCAAGCGCGUCGUCUCGAUCGCAUCGUACAACGAGCACACGGUCGCCCUCGUCGAUCCUGUCGCGAUGCUGCGGCCGUCGCUGCUCACCUCGUCGUACGCCGCCGACAUGCGGUCGCUCAUCGACCAGCCCGACUUUGCCGACGUCGUGUUUCUCGUCGACGGCCGGCGCGUGCACGCCCACCGCGCGAUCUUGGCCGCGCGCUCGGACCACUUUAAGGCCAUGUUUUGCUCGGGCAUGCGCGAGGCGCGCGAACUUGAAGUGCACUACAUGUACAACGACGCAGUCGACGUACCGACGCCGGAACUGGCCAUCGAGCUGUACGCGGCCGCCGACAUGUAUACGCUCGACCGACUCAAGGGCUUGUGCGAGCUCGUCGUCCAGAAAGGCCUCGCCGUCGAGAACGCUGGCGUCCUCUUGAGCGCGGCCGACGAGCUCCACGCGACCCGACUUCGCGACCUCUGCAUGCAUUUCAUCGUUCGGCACUUCGACACCGUCACCAAGACGGAGGGCUUUCAACUACUGAGUCGCGACCUCAUUCUGGAGACGCUCCAGAACCGAUAA